AUGGUUACAUUAUGGAUUUUCUUCGCUUUUGCGUCCCUACUUAUUGGCUUCCAAGCAAUGCCGGUCGAACCAAAAGAAAGUGGUGAUGUUAACGAGGCUAGCCAAAUAUCGGAGAUGCCGGUCUUCUUUAAUAAAAGGAAAGAGGAAUACGACAAAUUUCUAGAAGUAGUGAACUCUAUUUUUGAAGAAUCACUUCUUAACGACACUACACUUAAGAAAAACGAACGUUCUGACGUAAACAGGGAAGGAGGAGUGUCACUGACGGCGAUAGCCAAACCAGAAAAAUUGACUAAUAAUAAAACGAAAGAAGAAUACGACAAACUUCUAGAAUGGUCGAUGCCUUUUAUUGAAAAAGCAUUUUCUGACGCCACUGCACUUACGAAAAACGAACGUUUUGACAUACUCGGGGAAAGAAAAGUGUCAUUGACGACGAAAGGCCAACCCGAAAUAUCGAAUAAACAGGAAACGAAAGAAGAAUACGACAAACUUCUAGAAUGGUCGAUGCCUUUUGUUGAAAAAGUCUUUCUUAACGGCACCACGAUA